AUGCUCAGCGGGUUUGUCUCCUACCUCAGCGGCCUGCGUCCGCCGCGCGCCUACACCCGCUCGGUCCAGUGGGCCGUCCUCACAUUCGUCGCGCUCCUGCUCCUCAUCUUUGCUGCACACAGACACCAGCAGCCCUCGCUCAACACCGCCCCAUCCUACGCCGCGCUCAACGACGCCAUCUACCAGGCGCACAGCCAGGCUGCAUUCACACCGCUCGUGCCAAAGUCGGACAAAGAUGUGCCGAUCGAGGUCCUACGCGCGCGUCCAAAACCCAAGGCUGCGCUUAUUUCGCUCGGAAUCGAAAUGUCAAUGCGUCAGCUAGAGGCCAGAUUCAACCACAAAUACAACUAUCCUUGGGUCUUCUUCAACGACGUGCCGUUCGAUGAUGAAUUCAAGGCGCGCACGCAGAAUCUCACGUCUGCCGAAUGCAAAUAUAUUUUGAUCCCGGACGAGCACUGGUCUCUGCCUCCUUGGAUCGACGAGGGACGAUUCAUCUCAUCGUUGGAGUAUCUCGGUGCGAUUGGAGUCGGAAAGGGAUGGAUGAUUUCCUAUCGCCACAUGUGUCGCUGGAACUCUGGCUUCUUCUACAAGCAUCCCGCUCUCGACGAAUACGACUGGUACUGGCGAGUGGAGCCCGACGUUCACUUCUUCUGCGAUAUCGACUAUGAUCCGUUUGCGUUCAUGGCCGAAAACGGUCUCAAGUACGGAUUCAACAUGAACAUUCUCGACGACGCCCGGUCUUUCCCGUCUAUGUGGCGCCAGACGCAGGAGUUCAUGGCCGACUAUCCCGAGAUGAUCCACCCGGAUGCCGAUCUGUCAUGGAUUCUUGAUCACCGUAACGAUGGAGAGUACAACAACUGCCAGUUCUUUAGUAAUUUCGAGAUUGGCUCGCUUGACUUCUUCCGCAGUAAGACUUACAACACCUACUUUGACUACAUUGAUCGAAAAGGUGGUUUCUUCUACGAACGUUUCGGUGACGCUCCUCUGCAUACUCUUGCGAUCGUUCUCUUCCUGCCCAAGCGCGAGACGCAUUUCUUCCGCGACAUUGGCUACCAGCACGACAUCAACCCCAACGAACCUGGACGAGAACUUUUACAAGCUGGUGCCGAUGGAAUCACCCCAGCGCAAGCCGGACGAUUCUUGCAUUAG